AUGGUUCUCGCAGAAAGGGGCGGAGUCUGUGCUAUGUUUGGCGACAUGUGCUGUACUUUCAUCCCAAACAAUACUGCCCCAGAUGGCUCAGUUACUCGAGCGCUGGAGGGCCUUAAAACUCUGUCCAGGACCAUGCAUGAAGACUCAGGGAUUGAGAAUCCCUUUGAGGGUUGGCUGACAUCCGUGUUCGGGCAGUGGAAAGGUUGUUGCCGUGUCCCUCCCUGCUGCAGUUGUUGCUGUGUCAGUUGUUGCUAUGUCCCGCUCUGCUGCAGUUGUUGCCGUGUCCCCUCCUGCUGCAGUUGUUGCCGUGUCCCCUCCUGCUGCAAUUGUUGCUGUGUCAGUUGUUGCUAUGUCCCGCUCUGCUGCAGUUGUUGCCGUGUCCCCUCCUGCUGAAGUUGUUGCUGUGUCAGUUGUUGCUAUGUCCCGCUCUGCUGCAGUUGUUGCCGUGUCCCCUCCUGCUGCAAUUGUUGCUGUGUCAGUUGUUGCUAUGUCCCGCUCUGCUGCAGUUGUUGCCGUGUCCCCUCCUGCUGCAGUUGUUGCCGUGUCCCCUCCUGCUGCAAUUGUUGCUGUGUCAGUUGUUGCUAUGUCCCGCUCUGCUGCAGUUGUUGCCGUGUCCCCUCCUGCUGCAAUUGUUGCUGUGUCAGUUGUUGCUAUGUCCCGCUCUGCUGCAGUUGUUGCCGUGUCCCCUCCUGCUGCAGUUGUUGCCGUGUCCCCUCCUGCUGCAGUUGUUGCUGUGUCAGUUAUGCCUUUCAAUUGUUCCUGUUGUUGUUUAGAAAGUUUGGGGAUUUUUGACGUUACAAUCAUGUCUGCAGCAGCAUUUCUAAGAGUUUUUAUCCAUUUAUCUUGAUCUUGUUGAUCUUGAGUUUCUGUCCCUGAAGCGUUCGCAUUUUGCUUUGCAUUUGCACUUAUUUUUGAUAUGAUGUCAUUGUUCAACUCUUCUUUUAUUUCUUCUCUUAAAAUCUUUUUCAAUACCUUUUCUCCUUGUUCCAAGAUCACCAUGUCAUAACCGGCUCUUUUACUACAACAGCAAUCACAGCAAUAACAAAGUGACAUCACUGCCACUAUAAAAAUGAUAACAAGGAGCACAGAGAA